UUGUUUAACGCAUGGUCACGUUCGUGGCUUUAGUAGACGAGUCGCCGAUUCCUCGAGGAACAUUCGCCGUCACGAUGAUGUGGCAAAAAUCGCAAACUGGCGCGCCACACUCCAAACGGGUGGCCGUCGGGUUCAAUAUGUCCCUAGAAGCAUAUCAUUACUCAGUGUCUUAUCAGAGAUACGGUAGGUAACUGGUUUGGCUCGAUAUUUUCGAAUGACUUUCCGUAAUCAAAAUAUCUUCUUUGUUGUAGCAUUGCAAGGGGGGCUUAAGUGGAGAAAGGAUUCGAAUGCGCUCCGAAUACAUUGCUCAUGCUGUAGGUUCGUGACCGCGGCUAGAAACUCAGAAACCUGUUUUUUUUUCAUCGAAUGAGAAACCCGUGGCACUGGAAACUGGUGUCCUUACAUUUACCCCAAGGUGAAUUUCCGUCAAUGCUGUUGUUGACACAGAUGUAGCUACUGUAAUACAUCGGAUGAUUGUCUCAAACCGGCUCAUUCCUGUUCCUGAAUUGUUACCCCCUUCCCUGCCAAACUGCUUGAUGAAAGACUAACAUCAUCGGUGCACGACAAGGCCAGUUUUUGUCGUUUGAGUCGAUUGAAGGAGGAAGAUAAGACAUUAGAUUGUUCUAAUUCGUGCCAACAACAAGAACAAGGACGAUCGAUUGGUGGCGCUCUCUCGUGCAGUUUCUUUUAAUGCGAGCAUAUCCAAUUAACCCAAAAAUGGUAAUGGACGGUUGCAUGGGGUGAGGGUAUUGCCAUUAAAAUUCAUCGUUUUAUAUCGACACCGCGUGGCGUGUGAUGUCCGGUUAGCGGGGUACUGUUUGACCUUCCAUUACUAAUCCGUUUACUGCGCGUUGUGGCCUACAGUCGUGCUUCGACAAUCGCAAGCGUUACUUGUUCCCGGAUCUGGACAGAGGCGAUCGAGCGACAAGCAGAACGUGGUGCAAUUGAUUGAUUUUUGGCAUAUGCUGCAGUGGAAAAGUGAUCCACUAUCACCGGUGAAUCUUCUCGGCGGGAAUGAUUACUCCUUGAGGUCGCUUGCCCCCGGGAGGCGUCAGCAGGAUUCUUGCGCAAUUUAAUAGGGCCCUGUGUGCCUGUGUGUGGUGUCACGGUGGUGCAAUAGCAAAUUGCAAAUCGCCACUGCCUUUCGGUAUCACCGUAGCGCGGGUGAUUAAACAGUCGCUCCGCCGGAGCAGCCUUCGUGCUCGGAGCAGCCUCAGGACACGACCCCGUACGAGUGGUUCGGACCGCGGUGCGAUCGUGACAGCGUAUAAAAACGUUUGACCACCACCGUAUCCCGCCACAGUUACCGAUCGUAAUACGAACGCGCGAGAAGUACUCCGGUUCGGUGGUGUUACCAUUUUGGAAGUUUGCUCCGACCAGCCAAACCUCCAUUCCCCCACCCUCCUGAAUCUCCCUCUCCUCAUUCUCCUUUUCGCUCCAUUGCCGAUCAUUCAUCAUCGAACGGCCGCCCUUCCCCCGUGUUCGCCAGCGGUGUCGAUGCCGGUGUCUUAACGGCGAUCGCGACCUGUGCUAGACGGUAUCCGUUUCGUCAUCAUCACCAUCAUCGCUUUAUGGUGUACCGUAAAAGUGUGCAGAGUAAAAUGCUGCUGCGUGAGGAUUGAUCGCUUCACUCACUAGUCGCUGCCACCAAUCAUCGUAGUGAUUUGCCACAAGUGACAUACAGGAGAAGUGGGUCCGUGGUCUUUUGAAUCAUAGAUAAUAAGCAAAGGAAAGGUGUGAAACGCGAGCCCGAUUGGGAAACUUUGUGUUGUUUGUGUGUGCUGCUGAUGCAAACGAUCUUCUCCACGAUGAUUCAGCUCUUCCAUCGCAACUCAGCUCUGUUCUUUGCGCGCUCGGUAAGCAGCAUUAAGAAGAUGCCUUGCCCAUUCCUGACCCGCCUGAGCACGAACUACGUGCGCAAUUACGCGCCGGCCUUGCUCAAGGCGUACGGUGCGCAGUGUCCGGUGGUUCAGCGGACCAUCUCGACGUUGCAGGGAUCAACGGCAGGAGCAACGCCAGCGAAUGCCGCCACUGUGGACGAGACGAAAGAUGCUCAAGCCGCAGGAAGCCGCCGUAAUUUGAGCUCGCUGCAGCAACCGAUGCAGCAGGAUCGACCAUCGUCGGCGGUGGCCGGUGAAAAGAAGUGUCCUUUCCUGAGCACGGACUCGCCGCACGUGAAGAAGCUCGGUGUCGAGAGUGUUGAGGUACCGACGGAGCGUACGUUCCAGUAUGAGGACUUCUUUCACGAUCAGAUCUUGCGCAAGAAGAAGGAUCAUUCCUACCGGGUGUUCAAGAAGGUGAACCGUCUGGCCGCCGAUGGGCAGUUUCCGCGAGCGCUCGAAUAUUCGUGGGGCGAGCGACCGAUCACGGUGUGGUGCUCGAACGAUUACCUUGGUAUGUCGUGCCAUCCGGAGGUGAAACGUGCGGUGGCCGACGCACUCGAGAUGUACGGCACCGGGGCCGGUGGUACCCGAAACAUUUCGGGCAAUUCGAUGAACCACGAGAAUCUGGAGAAACGGUUAGCCGAGCUGCACCAGAAGGAGAAUGCUCUCUUGUUCACGUCGUGCUUCGUGGCGAACGAUUCAACGCUGUUCACGCUGGCGAAGGCUUUGCCCGGGUGCCACAUCUUCUCCGAUGCCGGCAAUCAUGCGUCGAUGAUACAGGGUAUCCGGAAUAGUGGUGUGCCGAAGCAUAUCUUCCGUCACAAUGAUCCUCAGCAUCUGCGAGAACUGCUGGAGCGUGUGGACAAGUCGUUACCGAAGAUCGUUGCAUUUGAGACGGUGCAUUCCAUGACGGGAGCGGUCUGUCCGCUGGAGGAACUGUGCGAGAUUGCGCACGAGUACGGCGCGUUGACGUUCGUCGAUGAGGUGCACGCCGUUGGGCUGUACGGAGAGCAUGGUGCCGGAAUAGGGGAGCGCGAGGGCCAACUGCACAACAUGGACAUCAUCUCGGGAACGCUCGGUAAAGCGUUCGGUAAUGUCGGUGGCUACAUUGCGAGUACGUCACUGUUGGUCGAUAUGAUCCGAUCGUAUGCGGCUGGAUUUAUCUUUACUACGUCGCUCCCACCGACUGUGUUGUGUGGAGCGAAGAAAGCGAUUGAAAUACUGGCAUCGGAGGAGGGUCGCGAACUGCGCACGCGUCACCAGGCCAACGUACGUUACUUGCGGACCCGUCUGCAGGAGGAAGGUUUCCCGGUGGAGCACACGCCGAGUCACAUCAUUCCGGUGAAGAUUGGUAAUCCGCAGCAGUGUACGGAAGUGUCGGACCGUAUGAUCCAACGGUUCGGUCACUACGUACAGGCGAUCAACUAUCCGACGGUGGCCCGUGGUGAGGAGAAGCUUCGGCUGGCUCCGACACCUCACCAUACGACGGCCAUGAUGGAUGAGAUGGUGCGCGAUAUGAAGGUCGUCUGGCAGGAUCUGGGUAUGCCGCUGAGCGGUAAGUCGUGCCCGGAGGAAUGCACCUUCUGCCGUAAGCCACUGCUGUUCGAUCGCUUCGAGUCACGUACCAAUCUGGCCGCCGGAUGUGGCCCCGAGAUACACUGCAAGAUCCCGAACUGUCCGCAAGUAGCUGCCAUGGCUAACUAGAGAGCGCCGGAGAUCGAUUCUCGGUAUACGGCAUUCCAUGAGCGAUCAUUGGGAGGCCGCCGUCGGUAUGUUGGUGGUGGUACUGUUCUCUAAAUGCGGCCCACCAAUUUCUUCCAAUCUCGAAUGGGUCGCCCUAAUACGGUGUCUACAAACAGUAAAAGGUAUCAAAAUGUGUCUGUAUGUCUCCGAAACAAUAGCAUAUCGUUCGGAAGGUGGUGUAAUAUUCGAAAAACGACAAAAACCCGAUGCUCGCUACUAGUGGAAAGCAUCUUGCUAUUAAUCUCGGUUCUAAAUGUGCAUGGAUUAAGUUCCUUACAAUUCCUUCACGUGCCUCCACGUUCAUUCCACUCGUCUUUCGUAAGCGAGUUGUUAUUCGUUGUUUAGUUAUUUACAAUCGGGUCGACAAACCAGGGGUUGUUACAGUUUGAUUAAAUGAAAACCACGGUAUUACCGCGCUGGUCGAUAUGUUGUUGACAAUAAAUUCUAUUUAAAAAAAAAAGGGGAAAAUCUAUGCCACAGUAAUGUAAACCUGUCCUGUCUAAUAAAAUGGAACAUCGUGUAUUAACUCAACCAACGUUGUACCGUUGUAGUUGAUGUAAAAGAUACAAAAAACAAGUGUUUGUUCA